ACUCGCGCGCCGGGACGCUUUCCGACUUUCCCGGACACGCCCCGCUCGCCCCGGAAGCCCGCUCCGGCGGAUUUGGCGCGCUUUUGAAGUCCCCGGCGCUCGGAUCUGCACAGUCGGCGACACGCCCCUCUCGGUGCUGCGACAUGCCUCGGCCGCCCGCUUCGCGGAGGACCCGCGAGGAGGUGGACGCGACGCUGCAGGUGGCCAAGCUGAACGCCGCCGAGCUGCUGCCCACUGUGCACUGCCUGAGCUUCGGCCCCGGCACCAGCGGCGCGGCCGCCGGCGACUUCUGCCUGCUGGAGCUGGAACCCGCACUGUGCCAGCAGCUGGAGGCCGGGCACAGUUUUGUCAUCCGAGGAGACAAAGAUGAACAAGCUGUGUUCUGUAGUAAAGACAAAACGUAUGACCUGAAGAUAGCAGACACAUCCAAUAUGCUGCUCGUCAUUCCUGGCUGCAAAACUGCGGAGCAGCUGAAGAGGGAGGAAACACAGGGAAACAUUGUUCACACUGAGAUCUUUGGUUUCUCUAAUAAUUACUGGGAGUUAAGGAGAUGCAGACCCAAGUUAAAAAAGCUAAAGAAACUUCUGAUGGAAAAUGCCUAUGAAGGCCCUGACAGCCACAGAGAAGAAGAUCCAAGCCGUUCAAAAUAUACAACUGAAGACUUGCUUGAUCAAAUUCAGGCAAGCGAGGAAGAAUUAAUGGCCCAGUUACAAGUCCUAAAUGCCUGUGAGAUUGGAGGUUAUUGGAGGAUUCUUGAGUUUGAUUAUGAGAUCAAACUUCUGAAUCAUGUGACUCAGCUUGUGGAUUCCGAAUCUUGGUCUUUCAGUAAAGUCCCUUUGACUGUAUGUCUGCAGGAACUUGGACCUUUGGAGCCAGAGGAAAUGAUAGAACACUGUCUUCAAUGCUAUGGAAAGAAAUAUGUGGAUGAAGAUGAAGUUUAUUUUGAAUUGGAUGCUGACAAAAUAUGCAGAGUGACGGCAGAGAUGCUGUUGCAGAAUGCUGUCAAGUUUAAUCUAGAUGAGUUUCAGGAAGUUUGGCAGCAGAGUGUCCCCGAGGGAAUGACAACUCGGCUUGAUCAGCUCAAGGGGUUAGCACUGGUGGAUAGAAACUCAAGACCAGAAAUCAUAUUUUUGCUCAAAGUAGAUGAUUUGCCCGAGGGAACACAGGAGCGCUUCAAUAGUCUCUUCUCUCUAAGAGAAAAAUGGACGGAAGAAGACAUUGCUCCUUAUAUCCAGGACUUGUGCGGAGAAAAACAAUCUAUAGGUGCAUUACUUACCAAAUAUUCCCGUUCUUCAGUGCAAAAUGGUGUGAAAGUUUAUAAUUCAAGAAGGCUCAUUUCUUAAAAGGGUGGCACACCUUUUGGGAGGACUAAACUGCUUUGUAAAGUUCCUGGAUAUAAUAAAAGAAGAUUCUCUUG